CGAGGAUGCAUCAAUCAAUAACUGACGAUAGUCAUCCACCUUCGACCAAAUGCGAUUAUCAGGAAGACAUUGAUCUAAGCAUUCAAUGGACCCGUCGAUUACUGAAACCGAUGGGUCUCUGGCCAAGUUCAUAUACGACACCAAAAUUAGAAAAAUACUUUUUCCUGUUCAUAAACGUUGUAUGCUGCGGUCUACUCACGUUGCAUUUAAUUCCUACAACUAUGUACAUAUUUCUCGAAUUAGAGGAUGUUUACAGCAUGCUCAAAGAAUUCGGUCCUCUAGUAUUUGGCAUGUCGUCGAUAGUGAAAUAUUAUGCAUUAAUCAUUCACGCGGCUGAAAUCCGUGAGUGCAUGAAAAGAAUCGAGUGGGAUUGGAAAAAUAUUACUUAUAACGACGAUCGUGACAUCAUGUUGGCAAACGCGAAUUUUGGCCGAAGAAUGGUGAUCCUGUGCACGUUUUUUAUGUACAGCGGCUUCAUUUUCUAUCAUGUUGCCCUACCCAUUAUUGAGAGAAUCACGACGAAAGACGAUAAUAUCACCUACAUUCUCCCAUUCUCGAAAUACAUAAUCGACACCCAGUAUAGUCCCGCUAACGAAAUCGUCUUUUGCAUUCAAACGAUAACCGCCGGGCUGGAGCACAGCAUCGAAUCAGCCGCUUGCUGCUUAGCAGCCUGUUUAGCGAUCCACUCUUGCGGUCAGAUGCAGGUGUUGAUGAAUUGGUUAAAUUAUUUGAUCAAACACCGAUCCGACAUGAGCAACGACGUGGACGGUAAAAUAGAGAAGAUUGUGUCUCAACAUGUUCGAAUUCUGAAAUUUGUGGCACUCACAGAGAAAACGCUGCAACAAGUGUCAUUCGCCGAAUUUUUGGGGUGCACAUUGGACAUAUGCCUCAUUGGAUAUUAUGUUAUCAUAGAAACGAAAUUGAACGAUUAUAGGAACGCCGUGACUUAUGUCAUCCUACUCAUAUCGUUUACACUUAACAUUUUCAUAUUUUGUUACAUCGGCGAAAUGGUAGCCGAGCAUUGCAGGAAAAUCGGUGAGAUGUCGUACAUGAUCGAAUGGUAUCGAUUGCCAGGAAAUAAGAAACUCUGCUGCGUUAUGAUAAUAGCGAUGUCCAAUUCUACGACACCAUUGACAGCUGGGAAGAUGGUAGAAUUAUCUAUUAGCACGUUUGCCGAUGUUGUUAAGACCUCGGUCGCUUUCUUAAAUGUGUUACGUGCCACAACCUAAAUUUAUUUGAAAGUUAAUAUUUACCAUAAUAUUUUAACGUGCCUGAUGUGAAGGAACUGAUUAAUUGUAAAGAAUAGUUGUCAUGUUCUAUCAAUAUUUAGCACAUCGUGUUGAACAUGCAAAGGACCAUACAUAUUUUGACAGGAUAUUAAGAAUCCGAUUUGCGUUGAAGUUUACCGCUCGAUUCGUAUGUUAUACUUUUCGCUUGUACUCACCUUCGAUGAGGAAUGUGACAAUCACACAAUGCUUGUAAAAUAUUAUUCAUCGACAGAUGUAAGCGAUAAAAGAUCGUAAUUAUUAAUGAAAAUGAACGAAACUCCAAGGCACAUGUAAUAUUAUCGUGUUGGUAUUUUUGUAAUCUCGAAGAGAAAAUAAACUUAGCAAAUGCACUGUUA